AUGAAUUCUGGCGAUAUGAAUCGAGUACUGCUCGAUGACCGAAUGUCUCCGAAUGAUGAAGCUCCGCUAGAUCUCGAAAUCCAGAAAGCGGAAAUUAAGAAACUACAAGAAGAUCAUAAAAAACAAGUCCAAGAAUUCGAAGAGGCAAAAUUCGAGCUUGAAGACAAGCUACGAACGUUCAGGAAGAUGGAAGGGGAGAACGAGAGAAAGCUAGGCGUACUCAGAGCCGAGCAAUAUAAAUUCAACACUACGGUCAGGGAGUUAAACAUGAGUUUAGAGAGAGCCAGAGAGGCGACAAAACGUUUUAAUAAGAAGAGUGAGACGUUGGAUUGGAAGUUCAAGGCAGCCAAUAAUAGGGAACAAUAUUUCCUUAGAGAAUACAGAUACAAGCAGAGAUAUUUUGCGGAGAGAGAACAGAGGAUUGAUGCGAAGCUCAAACGCCUUGGAAUAGAGGAGAAGUUCUUUAAUCCAGAAAAAGAAUCAUCUCAAUAUUUGGAAAGUAUUCUUUCAGAAAUGCAGGAGGAAGAGAGGAAUUGGGAGGCUUUAUAA